GGGAGGUCUCCUUGGGGAGGGGUCUCCGAGCUGGGGGUGGAGGUCUCCAGGGGGAGGGGUCUCCGAUGAAGGCCGCGGGGCGGGGCCGGGCGCGGCGGAGGUCGGCGGGGGUGUGUCCGAGGGGCCCGCAGGAGCGCAGACUCGCGCUCCGCGGAGUCCCGGCGCGCGGUCGCCGCUUUUUCCCCGGAGCCACCCGAACGGCAGAGACGAGAUGCGUGUCGGCGGCGCGGGGCUGGCGCUCCUGGCCUCGCUGCUCUGGGUCGCCGUGCAGGGCCAGCAGAGAGGGCUGUUCCCUGCCAUUCUCAACCUUGCCAGCAAUGCCCACAUCAGCACCAACGCGACCUGCGGGGAGAAGGGGCCGGAGACAUACUGCAAGCUGGUGGAGCACGUGCCCAGGAGGGCCAUGCGCAACGCCCAGUGCCGGCUCUGCGACGGCAGCAGUGCCAACCCCAAAGAACGCCAUCCCAUAUCAAAUGCCAUCGAUGGCACGAAUAGCUGGUGGCAGAGUCCUAGCAUCCAAAACGGGAGAGAGUACCACUGGGUCACAAUCACUCUGGACUUGAGACAGGUCUUUCAAGUCGCUUAUGUCAUCAUCAAAGCUGCUAAUGCCCCUCGGCCUGGAAACUGGAUUUUGGAGCAUUCUCUGGACGGCAUGGAGUUCAGCCCCUGGCAGUACUAUGCAGUUAGUGACACGGAAUGUUUGACUCAUUACAAUAUCACUCCAAGACGGGGGCCGCCCACUUACAGGGCAGACGACGAAGUGAUCUGCACCUCCUAUUACUCCAGGCUGGUGCCGCUUGAGCACGGAGAGAUUCAUACAUCGCUAAUCAAUGGCAGACCAAGCUCUGAUGAUCUUUCACCCAAGUUGUUGGAAUUUACUUCUGCACGAUACAUCCGCCUGCGCUUACAGCGCAUUCGAACCCUCAAUGCUGAUCUUAUGACCCUCAGCCACCGGGACCCUAAAGACCUCGACCCUAUUGUCACAAGACGAUAUUACUAUUCAAUAAAAGACAUUUCUGUUGGAGGAAUGUGUAUUUGUUAUGGCCAUGCUAGUAGCUGCCCAUGGGAUGAAACUAUAAAGAAAUUCCAGUGUCAGUGUGAACAUAAUACGUGUGGUGACAGCUGCAAUCGGUGUUGUCCUGGGUACCGUCAGCAGCCCUGGAGGCCCGGCACUGUUUCCUCUGGUAACACGUGUGAAGAAUGCAAUUGCCACAAUAAAGCCAAAGACUGUUACUAUGAUGAAAAUGUGGCGAAUCAGAAGAGAAGUCUGAAUACUGCCGGACAAUUCAGAGGAGGAGGGGUUUGUAUUGAUUGCCUGCAGAAAACCAUGGGCAUCAACUGUGAAACCUGCGUGGAUGGAUAUUACAGACCACACAGGGUGUCACCUUAUGAUGACAACCCUUGUCAUCCCUGUGACUGUGACCCUCUGGGGUCCCUCAGUUCUGUCUGUAUUAAGAAUGACCUUCAUUCUGACUUGCACAGAGGGAAGUGGCCGGGUCAGUGUCCAUGCAAGGAAGGUUACGCAGGAGAAAAAUGUGAUCGCUGCCAGUUUGGUUAUAAGGGUUACCCUGCGUGUGUGCCCUGUGACUGUAACCCAGCCGGCAGCGUGAAUGAGGAACCCUGCUCCGAGGCUUGUCUCUGUAAGGAGAAUGUUGAGGGGAAACAUUGUGAUCGAUGCAAACCAGGAUUCUAUAACUUGGAGGAAAGGAACCCCCAGGGCUGCUCGGAAUGCUUCUGCUUUGGUGUCUCUGACGUUUGCGACAGCCUCUCCUGGCCAAUCAGUCAGGUGAAAGAUAUGUCCGGCUGGCUGGUCACCGACUUGGUCAGUUCCAGCCAGCUCCGGUCCCAGCAGGACAUGCUGGGCGGGCGUCACCAGAUCAGCAUCAACAGCUCGGCGGUGGUGCAGAGGCUGACCUCCCAGUAUUACUGGUCGGCCCCGGAGGCCUACCUGGGAAACAAGCUGACGGCGUUUGGUGGAUUCCUGAAGUACACGGUGUCUUACGAGGUCCCAGUGGAGAUGGCGGACGGUGACCCCAUGUCUCACGCUGACGUCAUCAUUAAGGGGAAUGGGCUCACUUUAAGGACCCAGGCAGAGGGCCUGUUAUUGCAGCCCUAUGAAGAGCACUUGAACGUGGUUAGACUCGUGCCUGAGCACUUCCGAGAUUUUCAUAGCAGGAGGGAGGUAGAUCGCGACCAGCUGAUGACCGUGCUUGCCAACGUGACACAUCUCUUGAUCAGAGCCGACUACAAUUCUGCAAAGAUGGCUCUUUACAGGUUGGAUUCUGUCUCUCUGGACACAGCCAGCCCUAACGUUAUAGACCUGUCCCUGGCCACAGAGGUGGAGCAUUGCGAGUGCCCCCAAGGCUAUGCGGGCAUCUCUUGUGAGUCCUGUCUCCCUGGCUAUUACCGCGUGGAUGGAAUACUCUUUGGAGGAAUCUGUCAGCCCUGUGAAUGCCACGGCCAUGCAGCUGAGUGUGACGUUCAUGGCGUUUGCUUUGCAUGCCAGCACAACACCACCGGGGACCGCUGCGAGCGCUGCCUGCCCGGCUUCUACGGGCUGCCUUCCCGAGGAACCCAUGGGGACUGCCAGCCGUGUGCCUGCCCGCUCUCCACGGCCUCCAAUAAUUUCAGCCCCACCUGCCACCUCGACGAUGGAGAUGAAGUGUUCUGUGACCAAUGUGCCCCAGGAUACGCGGGGGAUUGGUGCGAGAGAUGUGCAGACGGUUACUUUGGAAACCCAACAGUGCCCGGAGAUUCCUGUGUCCCUUGUAACUGCAGUGGCAAUGUGGACCCCUUGGAGGCCAGGAGCUGUGAUUCCGUCACCGGAGAAUGCCUGAGAUGCCUUGGGAACACUGACGGCCCCCACUGUGAGAGGUGUGCCUACGGGUUCUAUGGGGAUGCCGUGACUGCGAAAAACUGCCGCGCCUGUGAAUGCCAUGGCCAAGGCUCCCUUUCUGCUGCCUGCCAUCCUGAGACUGGACUCUGUGACUGCAAACCACACGUGACCGGACAGCAGUGUAACCAGUGCCUGCACGGCUACUACGGGUUGGACACGGGGCUCGGGUGCCUGCCCUGUAACUGCAGUGCAUCGGGCUCCCUGUCGGACGACUGCACGGAGGAAGGCCAGUGUCGCUGUGGCCCAGGUGUAGCUGGGGAGAGGUGUGACAGGUGUGCCCGCGGCUUCCAUGCCUACCAGGACGGUGGCUGUACACCCUGUGACUGUGCUCACACUCAGAACACCUGUGACCCGGAGUCAGGGGAGUGUGUCUGCCCGCCUCAUACUCGGGGUGCAACGUGCGAGGGGUGUGUAGACGGAUACUGGGGCCACGACCCGGAGCUCGGAUGCCAGGCCUGCAAUUGCAGUAGCGCGGGGUCAGCCAGUCAUCACUGCGAUGUGCUCACUGGUCAUUGCCAAUGUAAGCCUGCAUUUGGUGGACAGACCUGCCAUCAGUGCUCCCUGGGGUACAGAGACUUUCCGGACUGUGUGGCCUGUAACUGCGACCUGAGAGGGACACUGGCCGACACCUGUGGCCAGGAGCAGGGUCUCUGCAGCUGUGCCCCGGAGACCGGAACCUGCUCUUGCAAGGAAAAUGUCAUUGGCCCUCAAUGCAGUGAGUGUCGAGCUGGCACCUUUGCUCUGGACGAGGCGGACCCUCGGGGGUGCACCCCAUGCUUCUGCUUUGGGUUGUCACAGCUCUGCUCCGAGGCCGAGGGCUACGUGAGAAUGCCGGUAACGCUGGGCUCAGAUCAGCCUCUUCUGCGUGUGGUUUCUCAGAGUAACCUCAAGGGUACGACCGAGGGGGUGUAUUACCAGGCCCCUGAUGUCCUCCUGGAUGCCGUGACCGUCAGGCGGCAUGUCCACACAGAGCCGUUUUACUGGCGGCUGCCCGGGCAAUUUCAGGGAGACCAGCUCAUGGCCUACGGCAGCAAACUACGGUACAGCGUGGCCUUCUAUUCUUCCAGUGGGAUCGGCACCUCCAACCUGGAGCCUCAGGUGCUCAUCAAAGGAGGCCGGACCAGAAAGCAAGUCAUCUAUGUGGACGCGCCCGCCCCCAAGAACGGACUGAGACAAGAGCAGGAAGUGGGGAUGAAAGAGAAUUUUUGGAAAUACUUUAACUCUGUUUCUGAAGAACCUGUCACACGCUCAGAUUUUAUGUCUGUUCUUAGCAACAUUGAGUACAUCCUCAUCAAAGCAUCUUAUGGCCAAGGAUUACAGCAAAGCAGAAUCUCAAAUAUUUCUAUGGAGGUUGGCAGAAAGGCUGAAGAGUCGCACCCCAAGAGGGAGGUGGCAUCCCUUUUAGAGAAGUGUCUCUGUCCUCCUGGCACAGCUGGAUUCUCAUGUCAGGACUGCGCACCUGGUUACCACAGAGGGAAGCUUCCAGAAGGUGAUGGCAGGAGACCGCGCCCUCUGCUGGCUCCCUGUGUGCCUUGCAAUUGCAACAAACACAGUGACACCUGUGACCCUGAAACGGGGAAGUGUUUGAACUGCAGCCACAACACCGCCGGAGACCACUGCGAUGUGUGUGCCCCCGGCUACUACGGGAAGGUGACCGGCUCGGCCAGCGACUGCUCUCUCUGCACCUGUCCUCACGGCCUCCCUGCCAGUUUUAGUCCCACUUGUGUCUUGGAAGGUGAUCAUGAUUUUCGCUGUGAUGCCUGUUUUCCAGGCUACGAAGGACAAUAUUGUGAAAGGUGCUCCUUGGGCUACCGUGGGAACCCUCAGAUGCCGGGCGGCACCUGCCAGAGGUGUGACUGCAGCCCGCAUGGCUCUGUCCACAGUGACUGUGACCGCGGGUCCGGGCAGUGCGUCUGCAGGCCGGGGGCCACGGGGCUCCGCUGUGAGGACUGUGAACCAAGGCAUAUUCUGGUGGAGAGCGACUGUGUGUCCUGUGACGAUGAAUGUGGAGGCGUGCUGCUGAAUGACAUGGACCAUGUGGGUGAUGCCAUCGUCUCUGUGAACCUCUCCGGCAUCAUCCCUGUCCCGUAUGGGAUUUUGUCAAACCUGGAAAAUACAACGAAAUAUCUCCGGGACUCUUUUUUAAAAGAAAAUAUACAGAAAGAACUGGCAAAAAUACAGCUUGAAGGUGUCUCAGAACAAACAGAGGACCUGCAAAGGAAGCUGGACAGAGUGUUAACACGGAGCCAGCACGUGACCAGGGCCACUGAAAGGAUCCUCAACAAGAGUCGUGACCUCCUGACGUUUACGGAGAAGCUGCAGGCAGACAUCCAAGAAAUCAUCGAAAGGGCAGCAACUCUAAAUCAGACCUUGGAUGAAGAUGUCCAGUUACCCAGUUCUACUCUUCAGAAUAUGCAAAAGAACAUUACUUCAUUGCUGGAAAUCAUUCAGAAAAGGAAUUUCCUGCAGUUGCACCAAAAUGCCACUCUUGGACUCAAGGCUGCUGAAGAUUUAUUGUCACAAAUUCAGAAAAAUUACCAGAAACCACAGCAAGAGUUGGAGGUGUUAAAAGAAGCAGCAAGCAGCCUCCUUUCAAGACACAGCAGUAAAGUGCAGGCCGCAGAAGAGCUCCUGAGGGAGGCAGAGAGGAAGACCCAGGAAAGCAGGCGCCUGCUGUUCAUUGUCAGGGCCAACCUGCGAGAGUUCAGCGAUAAAAAGCUGCGUGUUCAAGAAGAACAAAACUUGACGUCAGUGCUAAUCGCAGAAGGAAGAGGACUGCUUGAUGCUGCCACUGCACCUGCAAAUGCUUCAGGAAAGGCUCUAGCACAGUUAGAGCAUCACCGGGAUGAGCUGCUUCUAUGGACUGCCAAAAUCAGGCACCACGUAGAUGACCUGGUCAUGCAGAUGUCCAAAAGAAGAGCACUGGACCUUGUCUACAGAGCGGAGGAUCAUGCCACUGAGCUCCAGAGACUGGCAGGUGCUCUGGACAGUGGCCUUGGAAAUGUUAGUCACGUGUCCCUAAAUGCGACCAGUGCAACCCAUGUCCAUUCCAACAUCCGGAGCCUGAUUGAAGAAUCAGAGAAGUUGGUGAAAGAUACUCUCAGGACUGAAAGAAAGGCGAGCGUGGCCUCAGAAUCUCUUGUUUCUAAUGGGAAAGCGGCUCUCCAGCGCAGUGCUGAAUUUCUAAAAGAAGGCAAUAGCCUGAGCAGAAAGCAUGGAGGUAUCGCGUUGGAACUGAGUGAAUUGAAAAAUACUGCAAAGAGAUUUCAAGAGAAUGCUGAUAAAAUUACUAAGCAGACCAAUGAAUCACUUUUGAUACUUAGAGCAAUUCCUGAAGGUGUCAGAGACAAAGGCGCCAAAAUCAAAGAGCUGGCCACAUCUGCAAAUCAGAGCGCUACGAGCACUCUAAAGAACGUCGUGGGAUUGGGCCAGAAGCUGUUGAAUACGUCCACUGACCUGUCCAGGGUUAAUGCCACGUUACGAGAAACAGAAGAACUCCUCCGUGACUCCUCAGUGACCACUUUGUUGGCUGGAAGAAAAGUCAAAGAUGUGGAAACACAAGCGAACCUUUUAUUUGAUCGGCUGAAGCCUUUGAAGAUGUUAGAAGAGAACCUGAGCAGAAACCUAUCAGAAAUCAAACUGCUGAUCAGCCAGGCCCGGAAGCAAGCAGCGUCUAUCAAAGUUGCUGUGUCUGCAGACAGAGACUGUAUCCGGGCCUACCAGCCUCAGAUUUCUUCUACCAACUAUAACAGCUUAACACUAAAUGUGAAGACAAGCGAACCUGACAACCUUCUCUUCUACCUGGGGAGUAGCAUCAGUGCUGACUUCCUGGCAGUGGAGAUGCGGCGAGGGAAAGUGGCCUUCCUCUGGGAUUUGGGCUCCGGGUCCACACGUUUGGAAUUUCCAGACUUCCCGAUUGAUGACAGCAAAUGGCACAGUAUCUAUGUAACCAGGUUUGGAAACAUUGGUUCGGUGAGUGUAAAGGAAAUGAGCGCAUCUCAAAAGCCACCACCAAAAACAAGUAAAUCCCCUGGAACAGCUAAUGUUUUGGAUGUAAACAAUUCAACACUAAUGUUUGUUGGAGGGCUUGGAGGACAGAUCAAGAAGUCUCCUGCUGUGAAGGUUACUCAUUUUAAAGGCUGCAUGGGAGAGGCCUUCUUGAAUGGACAGUCGAUUGGCCUAUGGAACUAUAUUGAAAGGGAGGGAAAGUGCCAUGGCUGCUUUGGAAGCCCCCAAAAUGAAGGUGCUUCCUUCCAUUUUGAUGGGAGUGGGUAUUCUGUCGUGGAGAAGAUGCUCCGGGCUACUGUGACGCAGAUAAUUAUGCUUUUUAGUACCUUUUCACCUAAUGGGCUGCUUCUCUACCUGGCUUCAAAUGGCACCAAAGACUUUUUAUCCAUCGACUUGGUCGACGGCAGAGUUAGAGUUACAGUUGACCUGGGUUCUGGGCCUCUUGCUCUUACUACUGACAGACGCUAUAAUAAUGGAACCUGGUACAAAAUUGCCUUCCAGCGAAACAGAAAGCAAGGACUCCUAGCAGUUAUUGAUGCAUAUAACACCAGCUACAAAGAAACCAAGCAAGGGGAAACUCCAGGAGCAUCUUCUGACCUCAAUCGUCUAGAUAAGGAUCCAAUUUAUGUGGGUGGAUUACCUAGGUCAAGAGUUGUAAGGAAAGGUGUCACCAGCAAAAGCUACGUGGGCUGUAUCAAAAACCUGGAAAUAUCUAGAUCGACCUUUGAUUUACUCAGAAAUUCCUACGGAGUGAGAAAAGGCUGUAUACUGGAGCCUGUCCGAAGCGUUAGCUUCUUGAGAGGCGGCUACGUUGAAUUGCCACCCAAGUCCUUGUCACCAGAUUCGGAAUUGUUGGCAACAUUUGCCACCAGGAACAGCAGCGGCAUCAUCCUGGCUGCCCUGGGCCAGCAUGGGGAGAAGCAAGGUCACCGGCAGGCCCACAAGCCCUUCUUUUCCAUCAUGCUAAUUGAAGGCCACAUCGAAGUGCAUGUUAAUCCUGGGGAUGGAACCAGCCUGAGAAGAGCUCUCCUGCAUGCUCCCACGGGCACAUAUGGUGACGGUCAAGAGCAUUCCAUCUCCUUGAUAAGGACCGGGAGAAUUAUCACUGUCCAACUGGAUGAGACAGCUCCUGUGGAAAUGAAGCUGGGCCCAUCAGCAGAAAGCAGGACAAUAAGUGUGUCCAACCUGUACAUAGGUGGUGUUCCAGAGGGCGAGGGGACACCCAUGCUCAAGAUGAGAAGCUCAUUCCAUGGCUGUAUCCAAAACCUGAUCUUUAACAUGGAACUUUUGGAUUUCACUAGUGCCACUGGCUAUGAACACGUGGACUUGGACUCCUGCUUGCUCUCAGAACGGCCAAAGCUGGCUCUCCACGGAGAGGACGGCGAACUCCUGCCAGAGCCCCAGCCUUUACCAAGUCCAGAAUUGUGUGCCGUGGACAGAGCCCCGGAGUACGUCCCCAACGCCCGCCAGUUCGGCCUCGCAGGAGGCAGCCACUUGGUGCUGCCCUUUAAUCAGCUGGCUGUCAGAAAGAGGCUUUUGGUCCAGCUAAGUAUCCGAACAUUCGCCUCCAGUGGCCUGGUUUACUACAUGGCUCAUCAAAACCAGGUUGACUACGCCACGCUGCAGCUGCACGGGGGCCGCCUCCACUUCAUGUUCGAUCUUGGGAAGGGCAGAACAAAAGUCUCGCACCCUGCGCUGCUCAGUGAUGGCCAGUGGCACACGGUCAAGACAGAGUACUUUAAAAGGAAGGGCUUCAUGACAGUCGACGGCCAGGAAUCGCCCAUGGUGACCACGGCGGGAGAUGCUACCACGUUAGAUGUGGAAGGAAAGUUGUACCUAGGAGGCCUUCCCUCCGAGUACAGGGCCAGGAACAUUGGAAAUAUCACCCACAGCAUCCCUGCUUGCAUUGGGGAGGUGACAGUGAACAGCAAACAGCUGGACAAGGACAGCCCAGUGUCUGCAUUUGCAGUAAACAGGUGCUAUGCAGCAGCCCAGGAAGGAACUUUCUUUGAAGGAAGUGGAUAUGCAGCCCUUGUCAAAGAAGGCUACAAAGUACGAUCAGAUGUGAACAUUACGCUGGAGUUUCGUACCUCCUCAGAGAAUGGUGUCCUCCUGGGGAUCAGCAGUGCCAAAGUGGAUGCCAUCGGAUUAGAGAUUGUAAAUGGCAAGCUCUUGUUUCACGUUAACAAUGGUGCUGGUAGGAUAACAGCCACAUAUGAACCCAGUGCUCCCAAUACUCUCUGUGAUGGAAGAUGGCACACACUUCAGGCAAACAAAAGCAAACAUCGCGUGGUUCUGAUUGUCGAUGGGAAUGCAGUUCGAGCUGAAAGUCUACACACCCAGUCUACCUCUGCUGACACCAACAAUCCCAUUUAUGUUGGUGGCUAUCCUGCUGAUGUAAAGCAAAACUGCCUGAGCAGCCAGACCUCCUUCCGCGGCUGUUUGAGAAAACUCACUCUAAUUAAGGGCCCACAAGUGCAAUCCUAUGACUUCAGCACAGCUUUUGACCUACAAGGAGUUUUCCCUCAUUCCUGUCCUGGGACUGAGUCCUGAACUUUGGGGAACUCCUCAGUUGGGAAUCAUCAUUUAUAUUUUGAGGAAAAUUAUUUGGUGGAUUAAAACCUUUAGUUCAGAUUUCAUUUCCAACUCAGGUUAAAUGUUUCCAGAGAGAAAUUUUUUUCUCUAAAAAAUCUAAAACUAAAACCACAUGUACAACAAAUACCUCUAUUAAAUAGUUUAAAAUGUAAAUUGAAUUCACUGGCUCUUUCUUUAAAGUUUUUUAAAUGAAACUUAAAAUGUUGAAUAUUCUAUUGAUUACUUGACAGUAUUUCAUGUUUUGCAUUUUGAGCUUUUAAAAAAUAAAAUAUCACUAUAGACGAUAAUAGAUUAGAUUAGAGAAGAGUAUGAAUACUUUCAUUUCUUUAUCAAUAGUUUAAGCUCCAGUUCCUACAAAGAACAUGUAUUCAAUAAUACUACUGGGUACGUUCCAGCUGAGGGCACCAGCUGUUUGCCCCAAAAGCACUUUGAACAGACUCCAGCAAGUCACAGGCAAAGGGAACACAGGAAGAAGGCAGAGUCUCCUCUAGAUAUAUCCUUGUUUGGUAAGGACCUAACCUAACAGAGGAGUAUUUUGCAAGACAAAAGAAAAAAAAGUGGCAUCAUAACUAGUUAGCUCUUCCUUUACUGUUAAUUUUAUUUUCACUCCUUGGGAUGAAACAGUUUUCCUUGAUCAGCUACUUUUUCUGGGAGAAUGUGUGUAAAUUCCAUAAGAAGGAAAAUUUUAAAGCCAUAAAUACAUUUUAACGAACUAAGCAGUUUUAAACUAAGAUCUCUGAAGGAUCAUUUAAUUCCCUGCAAAUAUAAUUUAGUUUUGCUCUGCAGCUGUGGCUGGAGUCAAAAUGGCUACUGGCUGGGAAGAUGGCGGAAGAGUAAGACGCGGAGAUCACCUUCCUCCCCACAGAUACACCAGAAAUACAUCUACACGUGGAACAACUCCUACAGAACACCACCUACUGAAUGCUGGAAGAAGACCUCAGACCUCCCAAAAGGCAAGAAACUCCCCACGUACCUGGGUAGGGCAAAAGAAAAAAACAAAAACAGAGACAAAAGAAUAGGGACGGCACCUGCACCAGUGGGAGGGAGCUGUGAAGGAGGAAAGGUUUCCACACACUAGGAAGCCCCUUCGCGGGCGGAGACUGCGGGAGGCAGAGGGGGAAGCUUCGAAGGCGCGGAGGAGAGCACAACAACAGGGGUGCGGAGGGCAAAGCGGGGAGAUUCCCACACAGAGGAUCGGUGCUGACCGGCACUCACCAGCCCGAGAGGCUUGUCUGCUCAACCGCCGGGGCGGGCGGGGCUGGGAGCUGAGGCUUGGGUUUCGGUUGGAGCGCAGGGAGAGGACUGGGGUUGGCGGCGUGAACACAGCCUGAAGGGGUUAGUGCACCACGGCUAGCCGGGAGGGAGUCCGGGGAAAAGUGUGGAGCUGCAGAAGAGGCAAGAGACUUCUUCCCUCUUUGUUUCCUGGUGUGCAGGGAGAGGGGCUUAAGAGCGCUGCUUAAAGGAACUCCAGAGACGGGCGCGAGCCGUGGCUAAAAGCAUGGACCAGAGACGGACGUGAGCCGCGGCUAAAAGCGCGGAUCCCAGAGACGGGUGCAAGCCGCGGCUAAAAGAACGGACCCCCAGAGACAGGCGAGAGACGCUAAGGCUGCUGCUGCCGCCACCAAGGGGCCUGUGUGCAAGCACAGGUCACUAUCUACACCCCUCUUCCGGGGAGCCUGUGCAGCCCGCCACGGCCAGGUUCCCAGGAUCCAAGGACAACUUCCCCGGGAGAACGCACAGCGGGCCUCAGGCUGCUGCAACGUCAUGCUGGCCUCUGCUGCCGCAGGCCCGCCCCGCACGCCGUGCCCCUCCCUACCCCCCGGCUGAGUGUGCCAAAGCCCCCGAAUCAGCGGCUCCUUUAACCCCGUCCUGUCUGAGCAAUAAACACGCCCUCCAGCGACCUACACGCAGAGGCAGGGCCAAAUCCAAAGCUGAGCCCCUGUGAGCUGUGAGAACAAAGAGAAAGGGAAAUCUCUCCCAGCAGCCUCAGAAGCAGCAGAUUAAAGGUCCAUAAUCAACUUGAUGUACCUGCAUCUGUGGAAUACAUGAAUAGACAACGAAUCAUCCCAAAUUGAGGAGGUGGGCUUUGAGAGCAAGAUUUAUGACUUUUUCCCCUUUACCUCUUUUAGUGAGGGUGUAUGUGUAUGCUUCUGUGUAAGAUUUUGUCUGUAUAGCUUUGCUUCCACCAUUUGUCCUAAGGUUCUAUCCGUCCCUUUUUUUUUCUAAAUAAUUAUUUUUUAAUUCAGUAACUUUAUUAUAUUUUAUUUUACUGUAUCUUCUUUCUUUCUUUUUCCUUCCUUGCUCCCUCCCUCCUUUCUUCCUUCCUUCCUCCCUCCCUCCCUCCCCUAACUCUCUCUACUUUUUCUCCCUUUUAUUCUGAGCCGUGUGGAUGAAAGGCUUUCGGUGCUGCAGCCAGGAGUCAGGGCUCUGCCUCUGAGGUGGGAGAGUCAACUUCAGGACACUGGUCAACAAGAGACCUCCCAGCUCCACAUAAUAUAAAACGGUGAAAAUCUCCCAGAGACCUCCAUCUUAACACCAGCACCCAGCUUCACUCAACGACCAGCAAGCUACAGAGCUGGACAACCUAUGCCAAACAACUAGCAAAACAGGAACACAACCCCACCCAUUAGCAGAGAGGCUGCCUAAAAUCAUAGUAAGUCCACAGACACCCCAAAACACACCACCAGACGUGGACCUGCCCACCAGAAAGACAAGAUCCAGCCUCAUCCACCAGAACACAGGCACCAGUCCCCUCCACCAGGAAGCCUGCACAACCCACUGAACCAACCUUAGCCACUGGGGACAGACACUAAAAACUACAGGAACUACGAACCUUCAGCCUGCAAAAAGGAGACUCCAAACACAGUAAGAUAAGCAAAAUGAGAAGACAGAAAAACACACAGCAGAUGAAGGAGCAAGAUAAAAACCCACCAGACCUAACAAAUGAAGAGGAAAUAGGCAGUCUACCUGAAAUAGAAUUCAGAAUAAUGAUAGUAAAGAUGAUCCAAGGAAAUAGAAUGGACAAAAUGCAAUAAACAUUUAACAAGGACCUAGAAGAAAUAAAGAUGAAACAAGCAACGAUGAACAACACAAUAAAUCAAAUUAAAAAUCCUCUAGACGGGAUCAAUAAUAGCAGAAUAACUGAGGCAGAAGAAAGGAUAAGUGACCUGGAAGAUAAAAUAGUGGAAAUAACUACUGCAGAGCAGAAUAAAGAAAAAAGAAUGAAAAGAACUGAGGACAGUCUCAGAGACCUCUGGGACAACAUUAAACGCACCAACAUUCGAAUUAUAGGGGUUCCAGAAGAAGAAGAGAAAAAGAAAGGGACUGAGAAAAUAUUUGAAGAGAUUAUACUUGAAAACUUCCCUAAUAUGGGACAGGAAAUAGUUAAUCAAGUCCAGGAAGCACAGAGUCCCAUACAAAGAUAAAUCCAAGGAGAAAUACGCCAAGACACAUAUUAAUCAAACUGGCAAAAAUUAAAUACAAAGAAAGCAUAUUAAAAGCAGCAAGGGAAAAACAACAAAUAACACAUAAGGGAAUCCCCAUAAGGUUAACAGCUGACCUCUCAGCAGAAACUCUGCAAGCCAGAAAGGACUGCCAGGAUAUAUUUAAAGUGAUAAAGGAGAAAAACCUGCAACCAAGAUUAGUCUACCCAGCAAGGAUCUCAUUCAGAUAUGAUGGAGAAAUUAAAACCUUUACAGACAAGCAAGAGCUGAGAGAGUUCAGCACCACCAAACCAGCUUUACAACAAAUGCUAAAGGAACUUCUCUAGACAAGAAACACAAGAAAAGGAAAAGACCUAUAAUAACAAACCCAAAACAAUUUAGAAAAUGGGAAUAGGAACAUACAUAUUGAUAAUUACCUUAAAUGUAAAUGGACUAAAUGCUCCCACCAAAAGACACAGAUUGGCUGAAUUGAUACAAAAACAAGACCCAUAUAUAUGCUGUCUACAAGAGACCCACUUCAGACCUAGAGACACAUACAGCCUGAAAGUAAGGGGCUGGAAAAAGAUAUUCCAUGCAAUGGAAACCAAAAGAAAGCUGGAGUAGCAAUUCUCGUAUCAGACAAAAUAGACUUUAAAAUAAAGACUAUUAGAAGAGACAAAGAAGGACACUACAUAAUGAUAAAGGGAUCGAUCCAAGAAGAAGAUAUAACAAUUGUAAAUAUUCAUGCACCCAACAUAGGAGCAACUCAAUACAUAAGGCAAAUACUAACAGGCAUAAAAGGAGAAAUAGACAGUAACACAUUCAUAGUAGGGGACUUUAACACCCCACUUUCACCAAUGGACAGAUCAUCCAAAGUGAAAAAAGGAAACACAAGGUUUAAAUGAUACAUUAAACAAGAUGGACUUAAUUGAUAUUCAUAGGACACUCCAUCCAAAAACAACAGAAUACACAUUUUUCUCAAGUGCUCAUGGAACACUUUCCAGGAUAGAUCAUAUCUUGGGUCACAAAUCAAGCCUUGGUAAAUUUAAGAAAAUUGAAAUUGUAUCAAGUAUCUUUUCCAACCACAAUGCUAUGAGACUAGAUAUCAAUUACAGGAAAGGAUCUGUAAAAAACACAACCACAUGGAGGCUUAACAAUACAUUACUUAAUAACGAAGUGAUCACUGAAGAAAUCAAAGAGGAAAUCAAAAAAUACCUAGAAACACAUGACAAUGGAGACACAACGACCCAAAACCUAUGGGAUGCAGCUAAAGCAGUUCUAAGGGGGAAGUUUACAGCAAUACAAUCCUACCUUAAGUAACAGGAAACAUCUCAAAUAAAAAACCUAACCUUGCACCUAAAGCAAUUAGAGAAAGAAGAACAAAAAAAACCCAAAGUUAGCAGAAGGAAAGAAAUCAUAAAAAUCAGAUCAGAAAUAAAUGAAAAAGAAAUGAAGGAAACGAUAGCAAAGAUCAAUAAAACUGAAAGCUGGUUCUUUGAGAAGAUAAACAAAAUUGAUAAGCCAUUAGCCAGACUCAUCAAGAAAAAAAGGAAGAAGACUCAGAUCAAUAGAUUUAGAAAUGAAAAGAGAACAACAGACACUGCAGAAAUACAAAAGAUCAUGAGAGAUUACUACAAGCAGCUCUAUGCCAAUAAAAUGGACAAUCUGGAAGAAAUGGACAAAUUCUUAGAAAUGCACAACCUGCCAAGACUGGAUCAGGAAGAAAUAAAAAAAUAUGAACAGACCAAUCACAAGCACUGAAAUUGAAACGGUGAUUAAAAAUCUUCCAACACGGCUUCCCUGGUGGCGCAGUGGUUGAGAGUCCGCCUGCUGAUGCAGGGGACACGGGUUCGUGCCCUGGUCUGGGAGAAUUCCACAUGCUACGGAGCGGCAGGGCCCGUGAGCCAUGGCCACUGGGCCUGCGUGUCCAGAGCCUGUGCUCCGCAAUGGGAGAGGCCACAACAGUGAGAGGCCCGCGUACUGCAAAAAAAAAAAAAAAAAAAUUUUCCAACAAACAAAA